CAGAAAUGGUCCUUUGCGGCGGCGUCAUGUUGAAAAUAUACCUAGGUAGGUACUUACCUAGAUCGUCAUCGUCAUCAUUGACACUGGAGGCGGACACAGGGACAUCGUACUCCGUACUCCGUACCUGCCAUGCCUGCCAUGCCUGCUUACCUAAGGCACUUGGGCUUCAUCCAACGUCAAAUUUCAACCAGCACUUGGGCGAGGCCUUCAAUGCUCUGACCUCCAUGUCGUGCACCCGCACCCCCACGCCAUCUCGUCCGCCCGGCUCAUCUGGUCGACACCACAGCCCCUGCAUGUUGUUCCCUCGGCGACUGAAAUGACAUUGUCAUUUUUGCGUUCUUGGCGCCGUGCAACAUGUGACAACCUCAUCACCAGAAUAGGCCUGGCCUCACGGGCAUCCGCACCUGCUCGACCGAGCCGUCGCUUAACCACCCAGGCGGUAUGGCCACGAGAACUAUGUCGGGCACCGGCUCGACAUCUUCCCCACAGUCCUGUGGAAUGCCAGAAAUCAUCAGGACCCACCAUCCCGAGGCUUUAUUCCCAUCAGGCCACCGCCAAGGACAGUGAUGCGGCCGCGCUGUCUUUAGCACCUGAUGGAGCAGUGACCUCCUUUCAAAGAAGAAGGUUGCGCGCGAGACAGAGUAUUGCUGCUCAGGCAAACCCUUCUCAAGAUUCAGCUGUCAGGGCUCCUCGAAAAAGGCCAAAUAAAAAAUCUCAACCCCACAAUGCCCGUCGUCGAAUGAUCGAACGGUUCUUCGAGACCUGGGGUCCAGUCGAGGCUGCUGAUGUUGAGCACUUGCAAGCGGUGCAGGCCGCUGUGGAGGCAGCUAAGAAGGCCGAGGAUCUUGCACGCUGGGCCGAGAAGUCUACUGAGGCAGCGUCAGCUGCUUUCGCAUCAUCCCAUCAGGCUUUGGCCAUCCAGUUAGCAGAUGCAGCCAGGACAGAGGCUGAUAUUGCUGCUCUGGACGCCGAGCACAAGGCCCAGCUUGCCGCAGACAAAGAAGAAGCGGCCGAAGCACUCAGAACGGAGACGAGGGUCCGCCUCGAAAGACAAACACCUUUCUUGGUUGAGGACCGCUCGAGGUCCGGCUUGGAAAACAAAUUGAAGGGUUUGGUGACAACCUCGUGCCGAAUAUGUCAUGCGCCGCACCCCCUUACUAAAUGCCCCCUUCUGUUCCCGGCCCUGGAUCGUGAAGAAAGCGUGGUUCAUCCAAUACAUCGACAUCUUUUCAACGACAAGUUGGCACUCAACAACAAGUUCCACGAGAGCAUAGAUUUCAUCCAGUCUAAAUUCAAGGUCCCCACUGGCAGCGGGCGAUUUCGCGGGACCAGUGUUAUACCAUUGCAUUCGAGCGUCACCCGUGAUGCGCCAGGCUUGGCCAUAAAAAUGCUUCAGGAGUUUGAUCAUAGUGUAUUCUUCAGGCAAAUUAUGCGUCAAAAAAGCCACCCUAGCCCAGCUAGAGCUCCUGUUGGGACCAAGUUGGAGCUACAAGCGGGCCACUAUAUCACCAAGGACGAUGAUGGCAGGACCUUCGGCAUCUACUGGCCUAUAAAUGCACCGGCCGACAUUGCCACUGAUCCGCGCUUUUUGCCCGAGGUUCAGAAAAUCCGGUCUUUCGUAACUGAAUGGGGUAAGGGAAAAAAGGCGCGCUACGGCCAGGACCCUUUCAGCGACAUGCCGUCGAUUGACAUCGUCUUUUGCGUCGGUCGAUGGCACAGAACUCGGCGUGGUUCUGAUGACAUGAACCGAGCAGUGCUCUCAUUGUGGAUCAGCAACGAGGAAUUGUGGAAGCAGGGUCUGUACUACAAGGGAAUCCACAUCGGCACGAAAGACGACGAGAUCACCAGCGAGUAUGACUGGUGGUCCUAUGGCCGUCCCGAAAUGCAUGGCAGCCCAGUCAUUGACCUACGCGGCACACCAGUACCAUCGUCAACUUCAGAGAUGCGUUUGAUUGACGCCAGGAACCUGUUGCGGGCGAACUUGCGGAGCGUUGAAGAAAGUAUGCCGUCCAUCCCGGCCCAGUCUUCUAGUUUGGGUAAACCAGAAUUGCUGGCGCAGUUGGACUACGACAUGUACCUACGCCGUGCCGGACGUCGAGUCAAAGAAAAGUACGGCCGUGGCAGUGUUCAGAGCCGUCUCCAGAAAAGAAUCUUGCGUGGUCCAAUCCGCGUCAGCGCAGUGGGCCGCUUUUACCCGCAGUGGGAGCCGUCGUGGGAGAUGAUGAUCAAUCCGGACCAACACACACAAGCGCUUGACGCCCAGAAGCCUAGCCCCCUUUUCAGAACGCUUCGAAGACGGCGGCUCCUCCGAACUCCUCGCCCUCCUCCGGCCUCCGACUCUCCGUCCACGGAACAUCCGCCACGGGUCAUCUCCAAGUCUCCUUCCACCGAAACUCCGCCAUGGGCACGGGAUUACCGAAUGAGGAGCAUCAUGUCCCCUGACACCGCUCCCGGAACAGCGGCCGCAGGCAGCGGUGUCGAACCCCCGCCGGUGGACGCAGUGUCUACCCCCAGCGCUUCUUCCUCUCAGCAAAAGACCCCCGGGUUCCAGAUCAGGCGGACCCGGUACGCUGCCUACACUGGCAGCUAUAACAUGACCCCCAGCUCCGAGACCGAGGCAACCCCAACACGGCAACGCCGGCCGUUCAGGAGGACCAGGAAGGCUCAGGAGCAGCCGCCGCCGCGCAGCCCAACACCCCGGGCGGAAGAACUCCCCACCACGCCCGAGCCUGCCCCCGAGGCGGCAGCUGACGGCCCCGAGGCGGAGAAACCCCUGGUUCGCCGCCAGGCGUCAAGACCCUCGAAGCUCCGGGGGUUACGCGGCCCGGGGAGCCGGCUGGCGGAGAUCCUCCGCGGCCUCGACUUUGACAAUCUUAGGCUUAGGCCCGAGCCAGGGGAAGCGCGCGAGCGACCAAGGUAUCACAGCAGGCAUUUGAAUAUUCACAAAGGCAGGCCCCGCCAGGAGUCUGCCGUGCCCGAUGUUGGAGAUGCGUAGAACGGACAUCGUAUGGACGGGGACGGGAACAUGGACGGUGAUUCUUCUUGAUGAUACCCCUACAUCGGCCUGCUUCUCGCCGAUGGCGCAGGCGUGGGUUGUGAGCGUUGGCACUGGGCGGUGCCUGGGCUAUCUGGUCGGGCCGGCCGGCGUCUUUUGUCAAUGUAUAUAGGCUGUGAGGGCGGCAUGGCAGUGGCGGCAGCCCUCGGGGCACAAGACGCACCUUGUUGGGUCGCUGGAAGCCUCCCAAUAGGUGAUACUGUACAUAUAUACCACCGGAGUUGCAGGCCCGCGUGCAAAGUGCAUGUUUGCACCUCAACUGGGACAGUGAGGUACCAGCCACUUGAUUGUCAUGCGGUUCCGAGUGACCACCACGCGGUCGUUGCAGAGUCCAAAUACAAUGAGCAUACUUACCAUGUCA